AUGGCGGGUGUGCUCGAAGGACUCAUGUCGUCCCGGCGUCGACCGUCGAGGUCCCGAUCAGAGUCCACGAAGCAACUCCAUGCUCGCUGGGGCGAUGUGGCAAUCACGGCUCCCAACGGUGGAUGGACCCAGCAUUACCUCGACGACGACAUGAACAACGUCGCCUACCAGGCCCACGGCAGCCCCGACUCGCAAAAAACCCUCGUCAACACAUCCCCCGACUUGAGUUUCAAGGACGAGAUCGAACGGGGUAGCGUCGAAACAAUCCCACAGCAGUCUCCGCCGCUCAUCCAGAAGGAACGGGGUACAAUCACCAUCACAAUUCCUUUGCUGUGGAGCCGGAAGUCCCACCGAAGGUCGUCGUCGACGAGCAGUCAACCCCUCCACCAAACCCAGCCGGCCCGGGUGGUAGAGAAGGUGGUAACCGCAGAGUCACGCCCCGUUCGCCCCGGCAUCAUCAGCAAUAUCGACGAAGUCAUUGUGGCGGAACCAAGACCCGCAAUCGAGCCAUUCCGAGUAGACUCGCCCAUCAUUCAUAGCCAGUCGCCGGUAUAUGACGACGUCAGCACUUUCUUCACGCGGGCAGUCUUUCCAGAGAAACACCCGGGUCCCCCACGGCUUCCGCAGAUCCAGACCUCGGUCCCUCCAAACAAGAGCCAACCGGCUUCGGCCAUCUCCAUUCUGAGCCCUGUGGUGGAAAAGUACAAUGAGCUCUCCGAGAGCAACAAUGCCACGCCCAUGGACAACACCCCCAUCGCACGACAGAUCGAGUCUGCCAUUCCCCACAGUCAUGAGAGGCAGGUCGACCUUGCGGGCUUGGUUGACCGGUUGGAGGGGCACGUCCACACUACGCCUCUGAUUCCAUCAACCUCUGAACCUCCAAGUUCAGACGAGGCUGCAGACCCAGCCAUUGAGAGACCCGAGUCUGGCAGCAGUGCUACCAGGCUCCCUUCCCGGCCUUCUUCUCGAGGUCCAGGCAUUGGCGAGGUGGCGUACAUGCGAGCUUCGUCCCGAGGGCCCUCAGAGUCCAGCGGUGGCCGUCGGUCUGCUUCGCGAGAACCUGCUGAACGGCGGGCUGACUCGGUGGGACCGGGUCGUCGACGGGCUGUCUCGAGAGAAGCCCCUCGACGGCGUGCAGAUUCCCCCGCGCGAGGCGCUACUGCUUCGUCUUUCUCCCGCGGAUCAACUGGCCGCAGAAAUGCCUCUUGCGAACCGAGCAUUACCCGCUCUCUGUCCAGAGAUCCGGUCAGGCGACGUGCUGACUCUCCUCCACCCGUGAGCCGACGAGCCCUGUCCCGGGAGCCAGCUGUCCGCCGUGCAGAUUCACCAGAACCCAAGACCCGUCGAGCUCUUUCUCGCGGACAGGCCAUGACCGGGACCGUCUCACCAGAGACAAUCACUCCUCGUGCAUUCUCUGACGAUAAGCCGAUUCGUCCUCGUGCAGAGUCUCCAGGCCCGAGUACUCGUCGAGCAGUCUCUCGCGAGCCGUACACUCGCCAUCGUAUCUCUGGCGACUUUUCCACCCGGCGCGCCACGUCGGUCGACCCGGUCGUGCGUCGUGACAGCCCUCCCAAAGACGACGUCACUUCACGCCAUGCCAGUCCUCGCGACGACAUCUUCACUCGCCGCGCCAGUCCACGAGACGAUAUCUUCACUCGCCAGGCCAGCCCCCGAGAGGAUAUCGUUCCCCGACGGGGCACGCCGGUGGUGGUGGCAACCGCGGAGAGGGACAGGGACAGCGCGGCGGGCUCGAGCUCACCGGAUGAGCUGACCCCAGACGAGGCGACCGACAUCGAGACCGAGACGGACGAGAUGUACUUUGAAUCACGCAAGGGGUGGAACGGCGCGGCGGUGGCGGGCAGCGCGAGCCGAGGAUUCUACGGCGACGUCGUGCAGGACUACAAGCUGAUUGCGCGGGACGUCGAGGCCGACAUUGCCGCUUCCGAAGGGCAGAGCUCCGGGAUCAACAUUGUCAACCUGAUCAAGAAGGAGAAGGAAAAGGAAAAGGAAGUCCCCAAGCCAAAGGGCGAGGUAGUCAGCCAAGGCAAGGUGUACAAAGGGCCGGAUCUGGUGCUUUCUCAAGAGGAGCUCUGGGGAUGA